AUGCGUCCCAAAAAGAUCAGCACACCUAACGAAUUGAGUGACCGGGACAGAGACAGGUGGGAGAGACAUAAGCAGUCAAACAGAGACAGAGAAACAGAGACCCGGAGAACGUGA